AUGCGAUGUGAUCGUGGUCCAGCAGUUGUGGUAGAACCAAAUCCUCUAUUCACUCCGAUUUCAUUUCCGAUGGAGUUGGCACAACUAGAAGCAUUGUGUGAGAGGCUGUACAAUUCGCAGGACUCGGUAGAACGCGCUCACGCGGAGAACACACUAAAAUGCUUCUCCAUGAACACUGAAUACAUUUCUCAAUGCCAAUACAUUCUUGAUCAUGCCUUGACACCCUAUGCAUUGAUGCUGGCUAGUUCCAGUUUGUUGAAACAAGUCACCGAACACAGCCUUGCCUUGAAGCUUCGCCUUGAUAUAUGGACGUACCUUAUAAACUAUCUAGCGACCAGAGGACCUGAGUUACAGCCAUUUGUGACUGCUUCUUUGAUCCAACUUUUGUGUCGAGUCACAAAGUUCGGAUGGUUUGAUGAUGACCGAUUCCGGGACCUGGUCAAAGAAUCCAUGAACUUCUUGAGUCAGGCGACGCCAGGUCAUUAUGCCAUUGGUUUGAGGAUCCUCAGUCAGCUUAUCUCCGAGAUGAAUCAGGCUAAUGCCGGUAUGCCUGCUACAAAUCAUCGAAGGGUUGCUUGCUCCUUUAGGGACCAAUAUCUUUUUCAGAUAUUCCAGAUAUCUUUGACAUCAUUGGGUCAGCUGAAAAAUGAUGUUCUGAAUCAAUUGCAAGAAUUGGCACUUGCUCUUUCCUUGAAAUGUUUAUCAUUUGAUUUUGUGGGGACUUCUGUUGAUGAAAGUUCAGAUGAGUUUGGCACGGUUCAGAUUCCAUCCCCUUGGAAGCCUGUUUUGGAGGAUUCUUCAACACUACAAAUAUUUUUUGAUUACUAUGCCAUUACAAAGCCCCCUCUUUCAAAGGAGGCUAUCAAUUUGAGUUUUGUAAUUAAUGACGAGAAAGCCUUUAGAAUGGAAAAAGUGUUGGCCAAAGCAUGA